AUGUCUCCCAGGGCCCCACGAGUCCCCCAGGACCCCACGUGUCCUUUAGGACCCCACGUGUCUCAGGACCCCAAUAUUUCCCCAGGGGCCCACGUUUCCCCCAGGACCCCACGUGUCUCCCAGGCCCUACAUGUCUCCCCAGGUCCCCACAGGUCCCCACGACCCUACGUAUCCUUUGGGACCCCACGCGUCCUCCAGGACCCCACGUGUUCCCCAGGACCCCACGUGUCCUCCAGGACCCCACGUGUCCUCAGGACCCCCGUGUUCCCCAGGACCCCACGUGUUUCCCAGGACCCCCACACGUGUCCUCCAGGACCCCACGUGUCCUCUAGGACCCCACGUGUCCCCCAGGACCCCACAGGUCUCCCAGGGCCCCACAUGUCUCCCAGGGCCCCACAGGUCCCCAGGACCCCCACGUGUCCUUUGGACCCCAGUGUUCCCCAGGACCCCGUGUCCUCCAGGACCCCACGUGCCCUCGGGACCCCACGUGUUUGGGACCCCUGUGUCCUCCAGGAUCCCCACGUGUUUACAGGACCCAUGUGUCCUCCAGGACCCCACGUGUCCCCAGGACCCCUGAGUCUCCAGGGCCCUACAUGUCUCCCAGGUCCCCACAGGUCCCCACGACCCUACAUGCAUGUGGGACCCCACGCGUCCUCAGGACCCCCCACGUGUCCUCAGGACCCCACGUGUCCUCAGGACCCCCCCACGUGUCCUCAGGACCCCACGUGUUCCCCAGGGCCUCACAGUCUUCCAGGACCCCCCACGUGUCCUUUGGGACCCGUGAUCUGGGACCCCCACGUGUCCUCAGGACCCCACGUGUUCCCAGGACCCCACAUGUCUCAGGACCCCACGUGUUCCCCAGGACCCCUUCACUCCAGGACCCCACGUGUCUCUAGGGCACACGUGUCCUCAGGACCCCACACGUGUUCCCCCAGGGACCCCCACGUGUCCUCAGGACCCCACGUGUUCCCCAGGACCCCACGUGUCCUCCAGGACCCCACGUGUUCCCCAGGACCCCACGUGUCCUCCAGGACCCCACGUGUUCCCCAGGACCCCACGUGUCCUCCAGGACCCCACGUGUUCCCCGGGACCCCACGUGUCCUCCAGGACCCCACGUGUCCUCCAGGACCCCACGUGUUCCCCAGGACCCCACGUGUUCCCCAGGACCCCACGUGUUCCCCAGGACCCCACGUGUUCCCCAGGACCCCACGUGUUCCCCAGGACCCCACGUGUCCUCCAGGACCCCACGUGUCCCCCAGGGCCACAUAG